CAAUUUGAUGGCACCUUUAAAACAGUUUAUGUAACAUACUGAUAAUGUCGUUAUUUCUUAUUUUAUUAUAAAUUGACAAAGAUUGUCCAUUAAUUUUUCAUCUAAUACAUUGUGUGUCUAGAGAUCGGCAUUAUUUAGCAGAAUACAAAAAUAAUUUUGACAGGGAGUAAAUUGGAGCAAGGAUUUUUUUAUUAGUGAUGGGCAGUGUUGGGCAAGUUACUCUAAAAAAAAAAGUAAUUAAUUACUUGCUACUAAAUACAUCUUCAAUAGUAAUUAGAUGACUGUACUAUUUACUCUCUAAAAUGUAUUGCAUUACUUAUUGCUGAUUGCUUUAUAAGUCACAUAUCAACCUUGGCCAGUUGAACCGUACAAGGAUGGACAUGAAACUGCUCUUUUAAUUCUUACAAAUAAAUAAUAUAAAAUUGCAUAAAUUAUUCAGACCAAAGUAUUUAGAGGAGGUUACAUUAAAAACAUAGAUUUCAUCUAGAGGACAGCAAAGCUUACGCACAAUUGCUCUUCAUAGGUUUCAGUUCCGCUUUUAAUACGGUUCACCCGCUCCUUCUGAUCCAGAAAAUGAGCCAGUUGAAUGUUAACCCUUUCCUGAUCAAAUGGUACCACUCUUUCUUAACUAGCCAUACUCAGGUUGUGAGGAUCGAUAACACCCUUUUAGACUUAAAAAAUAAUGCACGUAGGUGCUCCUCGGGGCUGUGUAAGCUCGUCUGUGCUCUUUACACUCUACACUAAUGACUGUCUAAGUUCACAUGCAGGAAAUUUCAUCUUUAAGUUCUCAGAUGACACAGCAAUCCUGAGCCUACUGCAUAAAGACUGUUAUCCAUCUGGCGAUCAUUCUGAGAUAAAGAACUUUGAACAGUGGUGUGAUGCCAAUAAAUUGAUUUUAAAUUUUAGAAAAAUGGAAGAGAUGUUUGACCCCAGAGCAGUCGGUGCCCACAGUCCUGUUAUUGAAGAUAAUCAAAUUAAACAGGUGUGUUCCUAUAAGUACCUCUGCAUCUACAUUGAUAACAUGCUCACAUGGCAGAUUCAUGUUGAUAUUUUAUAUACUAAACUCCAACAAAGACUGUACUUUCUGAGGAUACUAAGACCGUUUGGUGUCAGCAAAAAAAUCAGGCUGUUCUGGAGAAACUAAUCAGGUAUGGGAUUCAAGCUUGGUAUGGUAACCUCUCUGCACAAUUAAACAACAAAACAGACUUUUUUAUUAUUGUCCAGACUGCCAAAAAAAUUGUGGAGUGGAAAGACCAUCCAUCACUCCAAACAUUAUAUAAGCAGUCUGUGUACAGAGGGGCACAUAGGAUACUGACUGACCUUUCUCACAUUCUACACCCUGAGUAUGUGCUUCUGCCUUCAGGAAGAAGGUAUAGAGUGCCUAAAUGUCGACUUAACCAGUUUAAAAACUCUUUUGUGCCUGCCUCCAUUAGGAUAUUGAAUGGCAAGGACAAAGGCCAAUGAUUGUCCCUGGUUAGCACUGAUUACCCUAUAGUAUUACUGUUUUAUACUAUUUAUUCUUAUUGUUGGUUAUUGUUAUUUAUUGCUAGUUUUAUGAUAUACGCAGAAGUUAUUUGAGGAAUAAUAGCAGUUUAGCUGUGCAAUGCGAUGCCUGUCUACAUGUUUUGUCCCCAUGUUUCGAUUUUUUAAGUGAGAUACAUGUGAUUGAUUGACUUAUUUAUUUGUUGUGUUAUUGUGUGAUUCGGAAAUGCAGCAUUCACAAAGCCCAGGACAAUAAAGUAUAUUGUAAUUGUAUAUUGUAUUGUACAAAGUAAACUGGAAAAUUUACAACCAAUGUGUUUAGAUUUGCAUACUGUGCACUCAAAACCUGUGAAAAUUUCAUUGUUAUCUAACUAAGCUGUAUAUAUAGGGUUACUUCAAGUUGAUUGGGACACUUUUCCCAAUCUUCUCAGUGGCAAAAAAUGUCCUUAUCAACCUGAAAAGACCUUAUUCAGAGCAGCAAUCACAGGUAUGAAAGUGAGGCUGUGAGGGAUAGACUUCUCGUGUUUUCAAUGGCAUUUGCUGUAAAAAGCUGUAUAAAGCUCCUAGAUCAGAUUUCUGCUGGAAUUUCUUAGAUAUUUUUCCUGACUUUCAUCAGCAGAACAAUCCAAAAACACAUUAAAUGACAGUACAACCCAAUGAAGAGAUGUAUUUCUAUCCCUCACAGCCUCGCUUUCACACCUUUUAAAAAUCAAAGAUGGCGCUGCUGUGAAUAAGGUCUAUUCACCUUAUAUAUGCGCUGAACCACCGCAUGUAAGUGCUGUUAUUAUGACAACCAAUAUGGACGUGUGUGAAUAAUGUAAGUGCUUAUUAAGAGACAACUUAUUAAAAUAAAUUGUAAAAAGCAUUAAAUUAGUGCUUAGAAAUUGACAAUAUUAACAUUUUGCUGUACUUUUUUUUUUUUUGACAUGAUGUGAGGUUAUCUAUUUAGUGAUUUGUUUUGUUUAAGGACUGGGUAUAUAUUGUGAAGUGUAGUGUCGUGUGUUAAGGCUUUGAGUGAGUUUCUGUAAGUGCAGAGAGCUGACUUUUAGAAGCGUGUGAUUGGCUGAUCAGAGCUGUGACCUGCAGCAUUUAAACAACUGAAGUGGAACAGAUUUAAAUAGAUUUAAGAGUGCUGAUGUUUCCUAGAAAAGAACCUAACCAAGAUCUCCUAAUGUGUGUGCGUCUGAGAGUAUUUAAAGAGAGGAGAAGGUUUGGCAAUAGCAGUGAUUCUGAAUGAAUCGAUAAAGUGUCUCAGCUCUUCUUUCACUGUUGUUGCAUUUAGAGUUUGUGUGUUGUCUGACUUCAUCAUGCAGCAAAUCUACACGCAGAGCCAUGAAGAGUUUGAAGUGUUCACUACUGUGCUGUCUCCUCAAGUUUGUCGAAAGAGAGUGAUAUUCAAGCACCAAGGAGAAAUGAUGGUUGUGGCAGCAGACUACAGUGCAGACAGUGAUGAAGAGGUGUGUGUCCGUGCUGGUGAGGUUGUGUUGCUGCUGUAUCAAGAGAAUGCUGACUGGUGUUACAUCCGACUUCAGAACGGAAAGGAGGGAUACCUGCCUACAGCCUGCUUCACUCUGAAGCAGGAGCCAUUGAGACCCAUCAUGACUCAGGCGCCGCAGAGCUCCGUGCAGGAGGCGUCUAAUAAUCACAGUGGCUCUGCUGGAGGGCGCUCUCUGAAACUUCUGCGGCGGGCGUCUCUGUCAGGAGUGCCGGGUUCACCUCGAUUACUUCGCCGGCUGCUGUCUCGUCGACGUAGUGAUGGACAUGCAGUUCGUUCGAUCGGCUCCAUAAAUCCAGCAUUCAAUCCUGACUGAUGCAUCCACCCUAAGAGCUCCACUUUUCCCUUUUAAAUGGGUCACAGAGCAGCAGAAACUAGGACAGCAUGACACUAAAAGUUCAGUCCGUACGCAGUUCCUUCUUGUGGAGGAAAAAAUGAAAGUUCGGUGUCCUGAUUAGGGGUUGGGGUCUCAGGAACUUGCAAGCUUGUGGGGCUGAACCUGCAACUGGUGUCAGGAGUCUUUAAUAUUAGGUUACUGCCCCACAUGUAAAUACUUGAUGUAAAUAUUGUGAUUUGAACUUAAGAGACAUUUGAAUAUCAUUACACUGCAGUUUUAAUGUAAACAUCACACCCUUCGCCUAGGAAUAUAUUUGUUUGAAUAUGUAUUUGUUUUGUCUAAUAAUGCACAAAGACUACAAUGAAUGAGAACGUUAAUUUAAAUUUUAAACGUGUAUGUCUGUGUGUGUGUGUGUGUGUGUGUGUGUGUGUAUGUGUGUGUAUAUAUAUAUAUAUAUAUAUAUAUAUAUAUAUAUAUAUGAUGUAAAAGACUCAAAUUGAUAUGUGGAAGUGGAAGAUGCCAGCUGACAAAAGGUUUCAGUUGUUGCCAGUUUAAUUUUUGUUGUUUAUAAAAAUGGAAUGCUUCCCUUUGCAUUAUUUUUGGAGAAUUCACGUGGAAUAAAAUAAUCAUUGUAUUCAUUGUAAUAAUUACUUUUCCCUUGAAAAAGUAAGGGAUUACUCUUAAAAGACACAAUAUGUAAGAUUUUUUGCAGUAAAAUAUCCAAAAACCA